UAAAUCUCGUUAUCACUUAUCAGCACACUGCACACAUGGCCGAGUUGUCAGAAUCUCAAGAGAUACUCCUGAAGCGAGGGUAUAUAAAACACAACAAGCCCUCCAAAUCUCCAGGCACGGCCCUCAGCGAGAUGCUCAAAGACAACGAGCACUCUAGAUUUCUAGGCACGGCCCUGGGUGAGAUCCUCAAACACAAUGAGCCCUCCACAUCUCUAAGUACAGUUCUGGGCGAGAUGUUUAAAAACAACGAGGAGAAGGAACAAAUAUUUUCGGAUCUAGAACGAGGAACAAUGCUAACAAGACCUAUGGGAGAAGAAUAUAUUCAGAUACGGCUUUCUAAAGACACAACGACUCAACCGGAUUCUAAGAUACCCGGUCUUUGGUCUUCUUCGGUUAAACCCGAGUUUUGUUGCAUCUAUAGAGUACCAGACCGGUUACGCAAAGUGAACCCCGAGGCUUACACUCCUCAAAUGCUGCUAAUCGGACCUCUUCACCAUUCCAAGAAAGUUGAAGCCUUCAAGCGCUAUAAAACCGAGUUAAGAUAUUUGAACUAUCUCAACAUGGAGCUUCACAAGAAGAAGUGCCUUGAUAGUAUUGGAGAUAUAUAUGGGGAACAGCCUGUCAAAGAGUUCAGGAGACUCAUCGAAAUAAAUGAGAAAUUCAUAAGAGAUAGCUACGCCGAGUCAACGAUUUGGAUCAAUACUAAAGAUUUCGUAGAAAUGAUCCUCCAUGACUCGGUGUUCAUACUAAUGUUCUUCAUUCAAACAGGAAGUACUCUAAACUUCAGCAAGAAAGAAGAUAUUCUUUUCAACCAGAGUCGUCUCAUAAACUCUACCGCCAUUUUAGAAGAUCUAAUCUUGCUCGAGAACCAACUUCCUUAUGCCCUUUUAGAGAAACUCUUUGAACCUUUUUUCUCAAAUCUUGAUACUAAGGAAACGUUUCGUGACAUUACCCUUCGAGCUUUUGGCUUCGAGGGAAAGAUCAAAGAAGAAGUGAGAUUCCAACAUUUUACUGAUUUGUUUCGGUGUGUCCGUGUCAGCACACUUUCUUUGGCAGAAGAACAAAUCAGUAUAGCAAAGAAUGAGCCACCGAAGAGCAGAAAGAUUAUGUACAACGCAGACAAACUAGACAGUGCAGGAGUGAAUUUUGUGAAUGUGGAUGAAGAAAAUGAUUUAUCGUUGGUGAUUACUUUCAAAGACGGAAUCUUGAAAAUGCCUUGUUUCACAGUGGAAGACAACACCGAGAGGGUUAUGAGGAAUUUGAUGGCACUCGAGCAAUGUCAUUACCCUCGAACUACUUAUGUUUGUGACUACAUCUCCUUCUUGGAUUUCCUCAUCAAUACCGACCAAGACGUUGACUUGCUCGUCAAGAAAGGAAUUGUAAAGAACUGGUUAGGACAUCAAGGAUCGGUGACAGAAAUGGUAAACAAGCUGUGUUUAGGGCUCGUGGAUUUCGGAUCUCACUAUUGUGAUAUAGUCGAAAACCUCAACAAACACUACGACAAUCGUCUCAACAGAUCGGUUGGCACUCUCCGGCGAGUUUAUUUCAAAGAUCUUUGGACCGGUACUGCCACCAUCGCCGCCGUUGUUCUCCUCGUGUUGACUUUGAUUCAGACUGUGGCUUCCAUUCUCCAAGUCAUGAUGCAGAACGACAAUAAGUCUCCGCCGCCUCCGGCUCCGUCCCGGGGACUGUAGACUGUUUCUUGUUAUACACGAAACCAAACUUUAUUUGUCUUUUUAUUUUCCAUUCAAAAUCUUGUUUUUCUCUUUAAAUCGACAUUCCACAAUAAUGCUUCUUUUUCAUGUUGUUGGUAAGGGUAACAUCAUCCAUUCAUUUUCAUUAUGUAUCUUCAAGUUAAU